AUGUUUGCAGAGGGGUUCCUGCAGCACGCUAUUUCGCCGUACGGCAUUAAAGAGGCAGAGAACGUUGCAUGGAGAGCUACUGCUUGCGUGAAGUAUUGUUCCAUGCACGAUGAUCAACGUUGGUGUGGUUCACGACGCAGCUGGUCACGCUAG